GUUAAGGUCUUUUGUUUGCAAUACCAUGCGAUAACCUGAAAAUACAAGCAGACUAGAACCGAGCACUAACAACCCAUCGCCAUUGUAAAUCAUUUCGGCGAUCUGCUCCACACGUUGCUUUGGCACAUUAUCUCCAAAGAACACAAUCUCAGGCUUUAGCUGUCCGCUGCACUGCGGACAUGGUGGUAUGCGAAAGUUAGCAACAUACUCGACGGGAAUUUCCACAUCACCAUCUGGCCGUAUCAUAUCUGGUGCAUCACGAAAUUCCGGAUUUAAACUGUUUAAUAUAUCCUGGAAUUUAUGCCGAUCAAUGCGAUAUUCGCAGGAUAAACAUUUUACCACAUAACCACUACCAUGUAAUUCUAUAACAUUCUUGCUGCCUGCCUUCGUGUGCAACCGGUCGACAUUCUGGGUAACAACCGAUUGUAUGCGUCCUUCGCGUUCGAAACGUGCCACCGCAUGAUGUGUAUGAUUGGGCUCUGUUGCCGAAAAGCUUGGCCAACCGACAAAAUUUCGUGCCCAAUAACGCUGACGCACCUCGGCAGAGCGUACAAAUUCCAUGUGUUGUAUGGGUUUGUGAUUAGUGCGUGCGUAAAGGCCGACACCCUCAGAGCGGUAGUCAGGUAUGCCUGUCGAUGUUUACACUGAUAAGUUGGGUUUUUCAGAUAUCAAGCAUGCUUUCUGUGCAUAAUUUUAAUGCAUACCAGACUCUGUUGAAAUUCCAGCGCCAGUUAACACAACUAUAUUGGACUUCGACAUCAGGAAAUCCUGUAGUCGUUUGAUAUCCUCCUCGAGCACCGGAUUAUGUUUAGGCACAUACUGUUGUUUCGCGGACCAUUUAUUGCUAGGUAAAUGGAAACGUAAUAUUUGACUGAAGCGCAUGAUAUGCCUAUGAAUUCGCGUUUUUUUGGGAAGUAAAAAGGUUCAAACAAAUCACAUAACAAUAAAAGGACAACUACGCAUACAUAUAAACAAAACAAUAACAGCUGCUUACAUAGUCACAAUGAUAAUAUUAAAAAUUUAUAAUUUUUUAUUUACAGAAAUGCUUACUUAAUAUUUUUGCCCCGUAUUGAAUAAUUAAGUUAACAAUAAAUAAAUAAAUUCAACAACAUAAAAGAAAAUUAAUCCAAACGUUUAGAAAUUUGUAAAAGCAUAUAAGAAAAUCAUACCAUUUGCUUCGUCUGUAUUAUUAAUUGCUUAUGACCACUUGACCUGUCUUCGCUUAAUAAGGAAACUAACUUAUGUAAUAUAAUUUCGUAAUCAUUUAAUAUAUAAAUAAAUCAUUACAAAAAUUGUAUUAAAUUUUGUAUGUACUUUUUUGCAAUAGUGAUUUGAUGCUUUCUGGUAACCUCAUCAUCAUUUCACUCCGUUUUCGUUUUCACGAAGCAUUCGAAGUAUUCACGAGCGUUCAGUGUACGCUGUAAAAUUUUGUCAGUUGAAAUCAGUUGAAAUGCAACCGUUUAGGAGUUUUACCGGUGAUUUUUAAGUAUUUUAAGUUGUUUUGUGUAUGUGAAUGUGUGUACGUUUAGCUGCAAUUAAUUAUCGCUGCUGUUCCCUCUUGGAUUAAGUGCAUUUGGUAUAAAUUCGUUUGUUGUGCUUCCAAUGCGCUACGCUUGAUGUGCAAUAAAAAACAGUUUGUGUUCAUAAUUUGCACUCCAAUUAAUAUUUUGCGCACGCACACUUAAAUUGUGAUAUUAAACAGCAGAAAAAACCAUUGUGAAAGUUGUAAGAAGUUUUAAAGUAAAAAUAUAUAUAAGCAAGAUAAACAAGGCAGCGUAACUUCGUUAGCAGCAGCAGCAAAUACAAGAACGACGCGAAUCAACAGCUCUGCUUCCACGUACACUGUGAAUUGCCGCAACGUGCUGUUCUUGCUCCUUUUAUUUUGUCUGCUUCGCAAGAAAAUUUGCUGUCAUCGACGCUGACGUCGACGCCAACCGAAUUUUGCUGCAGAAACCGCAACGCUUCAUAUGUGAAAUUUGAUUAUUGUUUUUUUUUCGUGUUGUGUUGGGUGCGUUGAAUAUACGCUGUUCAAUUGCAAUAAUUUAUAGCGUUUUUACACGUUUGGUUUCUUUUCUUAAUCGAAAUAAUAUACAAUUGCUGGAAGUGAACAAACAAAAGUAAAAAGUAUUUAUACAUAUAUAAUUGAACAAAAGUUGCUGCAUAAGUAAAAGAAGAAUACAGGACAACAGCAAAAAGACAAAAUGUCAGACACAAAAUCGUUUUCGAGUAUUGAAACACCUGGCUAUGUGGGUUUUGCCAAUCUACCAAAUCAGGUGCAUCGUAAAUCGGUGAAGAAAGGAUUUGAAUUCACGCUGAUGGUGGUCGGUGAGUCGGGUUUGGGGAAGUCUACAUUGGUCAACAGCCUUUUCCUGACAGAUUUGUAUCCGGAGCGUGUGAUACCAGAUGCCAUAGAAAAACAAAAACAAACCGUGAAACUAGAAGCCUCCACAGUUGAGAUAGAGGAGCGCGGCGUCAAGUUGCGUCUAACAGUUGUGGACACACCGGGCUUUGGGGAUGCUAUCGAUAAUUCGGAUAGUUUUAGCGCCAUACUAGAAUACAUAGAUGAACAGUAUGAACGUUUUUUGCGCGAUGAGAGCGGCCUAAAUCGGCGCAAUAUUGUAGACAAUCGUAUACACUGCUGUUUCUAUUUUAUAUCGCCUUUCGGGCAUGGUCUCAAACCUUUAGAUGUUGAGUUUAUGAAAAAGUUACACUCUAAAGUGAAUAUAGUGCCUGUGAUCGCGAAAGCUGACUGCCUCACAAAGAAGGAGAUACUACGCCUCAAAUGCCGGGUUAUGCAAGAAAUUGAAGAUCACGGCAUUAAAAUAUAUCCACUGCCCGAUUGUGAUUCCGACGAGGAUGAGGACUACAAAGAACAAGUCAAGCAGCUGAAAGAGGCCGUGCCAUUCGCGGUAUGCGGUGCAAAUACGCUGCUGGAGGUGAAAGGCAAAAAAGUGCGUGGACGCUUGUAUCCCUGGGGUGUCGUGGAGGUGGAAAAUCCCGAUCACUGUGAUUUCAUCAAAUUACGCACAAUGUUAAUCACACACAUGCAAGACCUGCAAGAGGUCACACAAGAGGUGCACUAUGAAAACUAUCGUUCCGAACGUUUGGCCAAAGGGCGCAAGGAGAAUGGCAUGAAAGUCGAGCGUGAUUCUAUGGUGCCAACGCAGAUUGUCGUCAACAGCGUCAUUUCCGAAAAGGAUCGAAUAUUGCAAGAGAAGGAAGCGGAAUUGCGACGCAUGCAGGAAAUGUUGGCACAAAUGCAGGCCAAAAUUCAAGCGCAACAGUAGGUGUAGCGUACGCAUUCACAUAUAGAACAGGUGUAAGCAUAAAAAUAAACAACAACAACAACAACAAAAACUAAAGCAGCAGUAAACAACAAAAAUGAGAUAAGGCAGGCGUGUAGCAAAGGCUGCCGCUCAGUUAUGAUGGAUAUAAAGCAAAGCACGGCUUAGCAUUGCAUUCCUAUUAGUCACAACAACAAGCAGAGCGCGCAAAUGGAAAAAGACAAAUAAGAACUUGUAUGCACAGCGCUUGUUAAACAUACAUAUAAACGUAGAAAAACUUGCAAAUAAUGUUUUCAAAUCGCGUUUGGUUUUAUUUCGACAAUUUCUGUUAGAGUUUUGCUAUAGCUUUUACACACAUUCUUUCAUAUAGGCAUUAUUUUUGUAAUUCGUAAAUCUUUAUAUUAAACAAGAAGAAAACUAUGGCGUAUUAUUUUAUGUUUAUAAUUAAUAAUAAUUAUGCUUGUGCUUAAUAUUAGCUAUAAUAAUAUUAUAAAAAUCGCAUGUAAACAAAAACACACGCAAACUAUACAUAUUUUACAUAUUUUGUAUUUGUUUAUGUUGUUUUCAUGCUGAAGAACAAUUUAUAUGCAUACACACAUAUAUAUUUUUGUAAUGUUUAAUAUUGCUUAUAAAACGCCUAAAGGUAGCAUAAAACAACAAUUAAAUGACGAGCGUUGCAUGUUUAAGCAACAAAUACAAACAUAUAUACAUUACACAAGAAUACAGCAUGUUUAAGGCGUAACGAUAAUGUAACGAACUCAGUACAACUCCUAACACAUAUAUUUUUACAAUAUUGUUUAAGCGUCUUUCACAUACGCACAUACACACACACACACCUUGAAAAACAUUCUAAAUUUUGCUCAUACCUAAAUUAUAACUAAUUUAUAUAUGUAUGUAACUGUAUAUACGUAUGCCAGACAUAAUCACUAAACAAUCGUAGUACAUAUAUAUAUGUACACUGUAAGAUAAAAAUAUGCAAAAUACAAAAAUUUACACACACAUAUGUCUUCAAAUGAUUCCUUGCACACUUUUAUGUUGCUUUGCCACUAACGCCUAUGCGCUACACCAAUUCCGCCCCGUUACUUUUAACUGUAGACACAUGUCAACCAAUAUUUACAUUAGAAUGCGUGCUUUUAAUUGUUUUACAGCCACCAAUCACAGAUUAUAUACAUGCUUAUAUGCAUAUGUGAAUGUUACAAAAAGUUAUGAAAAAUAUUUUUAAUUAAAAUAAAAAAGAAAUUUAAUAAAAGUCUGCAUUUGCUAGUUAGUAACAAAUUUCAUAAAAUAUUUGACAAAAAGUUUAUUUGUUUAACGGGCUUGCUUAAAUUUAAAUUGUAAGCCUAAUUUAAAAAUAUUGUUUAUUGUCAUUCAUCAAUACACAAAUUUAUAAAAAUUCUAAUUACACAUUAAAUUUUAUCUCUAAUGUAAAAAAUAAAACCUAAAUAUAUUAUAUAUAUUUUGCAUUUCAUUAUGCAGCUCAUGCGCCUUACCACAACUGUAUAUUUAAAACUGACACAAAAUACAACUACAACAAUUUUGUUAGAUUUUUCACAUUAUAAACCAAUGUAAACUUUAAUAAAUAAAAGCUUGGUGCUCUGGCUCUUUCUCCUCCGUAGAUUUUCCUAUACAUAUACACAGUGCUUACAUGCAAAUCUUGGGUAAUAUACCCAGUACCAUACAUAUGAAUGAUUUAGAAUCAUAGUACAUACAAAUUAAUUGAAAAAAAAACUAAGAUUAUUAAAUAUUUUAUAAAAGUUUAAUGCUAAUUACAUACAAUUACAAAUGCCGCAUUGAAAAUAAAUAUACAUGUAUAUAAAUAUAUAUAUACAUAUUUAUGUGUAUUUCAUAAUUAAGAGUAUAUGCAUAUAAAAAUUUUUGCGCUAGUAAAAGAAAAUUGAAUACAGACGAUUUGCUGUUGAUCAACUCAGUUAUGCAAUAAUUACUAAUAAACACCACUAGUUAAACAAUUUCAAUUAAAAUAACAAAAAUUAUAGAAACAAGAAUUGCUAGCUGUAAUUGCAUAUAGUCUCAGUUGUAUCUUAUGGUUGAUAUGCAGUGGCACAUACAACAUUAAGUCGGACAAUGCAUCAGCUUUAUAUGCUGUGUAUACGUCAACAAAGCAACAUGUAAUUAUAAAAUUAUAAGUUAUAUGAUAAUAAAAAAUAUAAAUACAUUUAUACUCGCUUUUAUACCUACAUCAAAA